AUGAAUGCUAUUAUUGGUUUGUGUCACUUCUGUGAAGCCCAUGGACCCAGGCCGCUGUUUUGUACUUUUACCACUGACGAAGAACAACACACCACAGAAUCAUCAAAGGGUCCAGUAGAAUGCAGUGGUUGUACUUCUCUUGGUCCCGACACAGUAUUAGUUACUAAAGAUGAUAAUGGAAUUAUGUACUGCAGCAGGGAAUCAGUGCCAAAUGAUGAUGUAACUGCGUUUCUUCGACAAGCGGCUUUAAGAAGUAUCACUUGCGAAGUAAGCUGGGAUAAAUACAGUGGAAUUGUAUAUUUCAGUGAAACCCAAGGGCAUGUGUUGAGCCACAUGUUUCACAUGAAAGACACUCGGGCGAGAGGUUUGAAAAGGUUAUUUUCAAUCGUUGUCCUUAUGAAAGAUAAAAUGUUUUUACUGAAUUUAACACCAGUCUUAUCAGAGCACAUGAAGAAAAUAUCAAACGAAUUGCAACAGCUAGCUGAAACUGUUUACAAUAAUGAACAAAGCAUAUGUUCACAAAGAGCCUUGAGAUUAAAAACUGGAAGACAUGAAUUUGGGCAGUCUCGACCUUUAAUGCAACUGACUAAUGAGACUGACAUAUUUAAAAGACUCCAUACACAUUUUACAUGGAUGUUGAAAACUGGAGCCUUAAUUUAUUCAGAGACCCUUUACACAAGUCGGGAAUUACUAAAUAAGCUACAACCAGAAACAACUAGGAGAAGUAUUUUUGAAGAUACAUGCCUUGUAGAUAGCAAUGAGAAAUUGUCUAUAAGGAAUCUAGCAAAUGUAUUGGCCAAAGAUGUGUUUAUAAAAGUCUUAUAUUGUUUAUUAACUGGUGUAAAAAUUGUUAUCUCUCUAGAACAAAAUAAUUCAACAGCUAUAUUAGAAGCUUUAAAAUCCCUACUGCCAAAAGGAAACAUACCUAUUGAAAUAAGUAAAAGCAACAGUCAAUUGAAUGUGUGUGUUUUAGAAGAAUGUCAAAAUAUAUUUCAUUGCAAUUGGAAUAACCUUCCUUUCAAAAAUCCAACACUUAUGAACAAAAUAUUGAAUGCUAUGAAUAAUGAUAAAUUCUGUGAUGCUGUUUUGGUCCAGCAUUUAAAAUCAUUACAACUGGAAUGGCUAGGGAUUGCAAAAACUAUAAAAUUAUCAAUUCUAGCAUCUGGUCAAAAUGCAGAUGCUGUUAAAAAUUUAAAGAAGAUAUUAGGGGUAUCUCAACAUGAUGAAAUCUUAGUUAACUAUUGGAUGGUAGCAUUUUGUGAAUAG